GCCGCGGCUCCCGCUCGCUCCCGCGGCGACUCGUGGUCGGGGCCGCGCGGGAGCGACAUGCCUGCGCGCUCGGGCUUGUGACCCGCUCGGGGAUGGACAGCGGCUCCGUGGCGGGCGAGCGGCCGAAGCGCACGCCGGGCCGUCAGCGGCUCCUGUCCUCCGGCUUCAGAGUUCCUGCGCGCCCCGGCAUCUCUCCGGUGCCCGGCGGACGAAGCUGGCUGAGGCUUCGCGGACGGGCCGCCCGCGCGUCCCCGCUGCUGUUUCUCCUGCUCGUGCCCUCCCCGCGCCUGGCCGCCACCGCCCCGCGUAGGACGCUGGCUGAGUGCACGCGCCCGGGGCACGCCGUCCCCGUGGCCGCGCUCGGCGCCGGCAGGAACGCGCAAUGCCGUCUGUCGCUGGGCGCCGGGCGUGUGGCCGCGCUGGCGAGCAGCCGGAGAGAGCUCAGCCUGUCUGCUGGGUGCCCGCAGCUGGAGCACAGAAAGGAGAACUUGCCCUCCUCUGUGAGUCGGAAGCUCUACUUUGACACCCACGCUUUGGUGUGCUUACUUGAAACAAAUGGGUUUACCACUCAACAAGCAGAAAUCAUUGUGUCUGCGUUGGUCAAGAUCACAGAGACCAACAUGAAUAUCGUCUACAGCGAUACGGUCACCAAGGUGCAGCAGGAAAUCACUCUUCAGCAGAUAAUGUCUAAUAUUGCUAACGUGAAGAAAGAUAUGGUCAUCCUGGAGAAGAGUGAGUUUUCGGCCCUCCGAGCAGAAAAUGAGAAAAUAAAACUUGAACUCCACCAGUUAAAACAGCAACUGAUGGAUGAAGUACUCAAAGUCCGGACAGACACCAAAUUAAACUUCAAUCUAGAGAAGAGCAGAGUAAAAGAACUGUACUCACUGAACGAGAAGAAGAUGCUGCAGCUGAGGACAGAAAUGGUGUCCCUGCACGCCCAGCAAGACAGAGCCCUGACCCAGACAGACAGGAAGAUAGAAACCGAGGUGGCCGGCCUCAAGACUUUGCUGGAGGCGCACAAGCUUGACACGAUCAAAUACUUAGCAGGGUCUGUGUUUACGUGUCUGACAGUAGCUCUGGGGUUUUAUCGCCUGUGGAUAUAAUAAAGUGCCUGUUUAAAGAAA